CUCACCCAGCAAAGGCAUCAUGAGUUGUCAGAUCACGUGCAAAUCUCGAGGAAGAGGAGGAGGUGGAGGAUUCCGGGGCUUCAGCAGUGGCUCAGCUGUGGUGUCUGGCAGCCGGAGAUCCACCUCUGGCUUCUCCUGCUUGAGCCGUCAUGGAGGUGGCGGUGGCAGUGGGGGCUUCGGUGGUGGUGGCAGCGGUGGCUUUGGCAGCCGAAGUCUCGUUGGCCUCGGAGGGACCAAGAGUAUCUCCAUUAGUGUGGCUGGAGGAGGUGGAGGCUUUGGCUCCUAUGGUGGAUUUGGUGGCCGAGGAGGCGGUUUUGGAGGCAGCAGUAGCUUCGGAGGAGGCAGCAGCUUUGGAGGUGGUGGCUUCGGUGGAGGCAACUUUGGCGGAGGCCGCUUUGGAGGCGGCGGUGGCUUUGGAGGUUUUGGGGGUCCUGGCGGCUUUGGGGGUCCCGGCGGCUUUGGGGGUCCCGGUGGCUUCGGGCCUGGAGGAUACCCUGGUCGUGGCAUCCACGAAGUGUCUGUCAACCAGAGCCUCCUGCAGCCUCUCAAUGUGAAAGUUGACCCAGAGAUUCAGAAUGUGAAGUCCCAGGAGCGGGAGCAGAUCAAAACGCUCAACAACAAGUUUGCCUCCUUCAUCGAUAAGGUGAGGUUCCUGGAGCAGCAGAACCAGGUACUGCAGACCAAAUGGGAGCUGCUGCAGCAGAUGAACGUGAGCACCCAUACCCCCAACCUGGACCCCAUCUUCCAAGCAUACAUCGACAGCCUCAAGAAGCACCUGGAUGGGCUCUCUGCACAGAGAACAUCACAGGAUUCAGAGCUGAACAACAUGCAGGAUCUUGUGGAGGAUUAUAAAAAGAAGUAUGAGGAUGAAAUCAAUAAGCGCACUGCUGCGGAGAAUGACUUUGUGACGCUUAAAAAGGAUGUGGACAAUACCUACAUGACCAAGGUGGAGCUGCAGGCCAGAGUGGAUGCGCUGAACCAGGAGCUUGAGUUCCUGAAGGUCCUCUUUAACACAGAGCUGUCCCAGAUACAACAGUCUGUCACUGACACCAACGUCAUCCUGUCCAUGGACAACAACCGCUCCCUGGACCUGGAUGGUAUCAUCAAUGAGGUCCGUACCCAGUACGAGGAGAUUGCCGAGAGGAGCAAGGAAGAAGCAGAGGCCCUGUACCACAGCAAGUAUGAGGAGCUCCAGGUGACCGCUGGGAAACACGGCGACAGCCUGCGGGAGAUCAAGACGGAGAUCAGCGAGCUAAACCGCAUGAUCCAAAGGCUUCAGGGGGAGAUCGCCCAUGUGAAGAAGCAGUGCAAGAGUGUGCAAGAUGCCAUCGCAGAUGCCGAGCAGCGUGGGGAGCACGCCCUCAAGGACGCCAGGAACAAGCUCACCGACAUGGAGGAGGCCCUGCAGCAGGCCCGGGAGGACCUGGCCCGGCUGCUGCGCGACUACCAGGAGCUGAUGAACGUGAAGCUGGCCCUGGACGUGGAGAUCGCCACCUACCGCAAGCUGCUGGAGGGCGAGGAGUACAGGAUGUCUGAAGACCUCAGCAGCAACGUGACUGUGUCGGUGACGAGCAGCACCAUUUCUUCGAAUGUGGCAUCCAAGGCCGGCUUUGGAGGCUCCGGAGGCAGAGGCUCCGGGUCCAGAGGCGGUGGCGGAGGAGGAUACGGCUCCGGGGGGGGCUCUGGGGGAAAAUACGGCUCUGGAGGCGGCUCCAGAGGAGGUUCCGGCUCCGGGGGAGGCUACGGCUCUGGAGGCGGCUCUAGAGGAGGCUCCGGCUCCGGGGGCGGGUACAGCUCUGGAGGUGGCUCCGGCGCAGGCUCUGCAACCGGAGGGGGCGGGUCUAGCUCGGCCAAGGGCUCUGGCUCAGGCGAGGGCGUGACCUUCUCCUUCAGAUAA